AUGUCGAUGGAUCGACAAGUAGUUUGCGUCACCGGCGCCAGUGGCUGCAUCGGCUCGUGGCUCGUCCACCUGCUCCUCCAGCGAGGCUACUCUGUUCACGCCACCGUGAAAAACCUCCAGGACGAGAAAGAGACAAAGCAUCUGGAAGCCAUUGAAGGUGCGUCGACGCGCCUCCACCUAUUCGAAAUGGAUCUCCUGCAAUACGACACCGUUUCCGCCGCCGUCGACGGAUGUGACGGCGUAUUCCAUCUAGCAUCGCCCUGUAUCGUCGACGAAGUCAAAGAUCCACAGAAGCAACUACUUGACCCGGCGGUUAAGGGGACCCUAAACGUACUGACGGCGGCGAAAGAAGCCGGCGUGAAGAGGGUUGUGGUGACGUCAUCCAUAUCGGCGAUAACUCCAAGCCCCAACUGGCCUUCCGAUAAGAUCAAGAACGAGGAAUGUUGGGCUGAUCAAGACUACUGCAAGCAAAAUGGACUGUGGUAUCCACUGUCGAAGACGCUUGCUGAGAAGGCAGCUUGGGAGUUUGCAGAGGAGAAAGGACUGGAUGUGGUUGUGGUGAAUCCAGGCACCGUCAUGGGACCUGUUAUUCCUCCGUCGCUUAACGCAAGCAUGCUCAUGCUUCUACGCCUCCUUGAGGGGUGCACAGAGACGUACGAGAACUUCUUCAUGGGUUCUGUGCAUUUCAAGGACGUGGCGUUAGCCCAUAUUCUUGUCUACGAGAACCCAUCUGCGAAAGGAAGGCAUUUGUGCGUGGAAGCCAUCUCUCACUACGGUGAUUUGGUAGCUAAAGUCGCUGAGCUCUAUCCCAAUUACAAUGUCCCCAAGUUACCGAGGGAGACUCAACCGGGCUUACUUCGAGCCAAGGACGCAGCUAAGAAGCUUAUGGACUUGGGGUUAGAGUUCAGUCCCAUGGAAGAAAUCAUCAAGGAAGGUGUGGAGAGUCUCAAAAGCAAAGGAUUUUUAUCUCUUAGCUUACUUGCUUGA